CAGAGAACUGUUUUUGUGCCUUUUACCGGUGGCAAUGAUCAACGUCCUCCACAGAAUUCAUUCCGACCUCGUCAUAGUGUUCCACAUCAACGAGGAGAAGGUUCUCAUCAUUUGAAUUAUGGAGGAAGACACCAUCAAUACCGUGGAAACCAAAAUUGGAAUAGUAGGAAUUUUAUUAAUAGGGAUAUACAACCAAGAGGUGUUCCGAGGUUUAUGAGGCACCCACCGCCACCACCUCCCCCAAUUAACACUGGAGCACUUUUUGCUCCCUCACAUGUUCAUUCUUUUGGCCCUCCCAUGGGCUUUCAUGAAUAUUCAACUCAGCUAUAUUUAAUCCCAGCUCCUCACCAGGAGUUGUAUAGGGGUGUCUCAUAUUUUCAACCAGUCCACCCAAUGUUUCUCCCUACAGAUUUUCAACACCAGCAGUUGCAUGCUAAGAUAUUGAAUCAGAUAAACUAUUAUUUCAGUAAUGAAAACCUGAUCAAAGAUACAUUCUUGCGUCAAAAUAUGGACGAUCAAGGUUGGGUUCAUGUUAAACUGAUAGCUGGGUUUAGAAAGGUUAGUUUUCAAAGAUUUUUAACUUUGACAAAUAAUAUCCAGGUUAUAGUAGAUGCCCUUAAGAACUCGACCGUUGUGGAAGUGCAGGGUGAUAAAAUAAGGAGGCAGAAUGAUUGGAAGCGAUGGAUACUACCACCUUCUGUUCAGUUCAGUACAAAACCUGGUCAAGAUGUGCCGGUGGCCGGGGUUCGAAGCAUUUCAUCGGAGCAAGGAACCACUAAUAAUCAAAUUGGUUCGAUGAGUUGA